AUGGGUUUGACAAAACAAUAUUUGAGAUAUGUACCAGCUGGAAAUUUAAAUAUAAUUGUCAGUUCUUCUUGCAAUAUUGCUUUUGUAACAUUACAAGGCCAAGAAGGUAGAUUUGUAGCAGUUGGUGCAUGUGAACAUGUUUUUAUAUGGGAUUUGCGAUUAGGAGAAAAGGCACAAAUAUUAUCAGGAGAUAAAAUAAAUGUAACAUAUUUGAUUGCAUCUCCGAACAAGCAACAUAUUGCUGUUGGUUACGCAGAUGGCACUAUAAAAACAUUUGAUUUAAAGACAGGAGAAAAUAUAAGCAUAUUUGUAGGUCAUAAAUCUGAAAUUACAACUCUGACUUAUGAUAAUAAAGGACAUAGAUUAGCUUCUGGUUCAAAGGAUACAGAUAUCAUUAUUUGGGAUGUAAUAGCAGAAACUGGUAUAUGUAGAUUAACUGGACAUAAAGGUGUAAUAACCAAAUUAAUGUUUAUGAGAGAUCAUAAUAUUAUUAUUAGUGCUAGUAAAGAUACGUUUGUAAAGUUUUGGGAUUUAGACACUGAACAUAAUUUUAGAACUCUCGUUGGUCACAGAACAGAGGUUUGGAGUCUUGUUUUAGUUAAAAAUGAUCAAUAUUUAAUAACUGGUUGUAGUGACAAUGAAUUACGUGUAUGGAAAAUAUCUUUCACUGAUAGUGAAGCAACAGAUUUUAACAUUAAUUUGCAAGAUUUAACUCUCAUCGAUGACGGUGAAAUUAGCGUAAUAAAAAUAUAUUUUAAGAAACAUCCUUUGAGAUGUGAAAAAGUUGGAAAUAUAUUAAGAAGCAGUCGUGGACGUGUUGUAUCUCUGGAAGUUGAUAUAAGUCAUACUGUUAUUGGAUGUCAUGGCUUAGAUAAUACUGUAGAAUUAUUUCAGUUGUUACCUGAUACUAAAGUAAAAGAUAAUGUUAUCAAACGAUUGCAAAAAGAAAAAAAGAAAGCAGAAAAAAGUGGAAACAGUACAGAAACCAAUUUCUCAAAAGCAUCAACUAUAAAGGACGAAAUCAUUCGUCUACCUGUUAUCAAAGUGUCUGCUAAAGCUAAAGGAUUAGAUAUGAUAAUGGGUAGAGGUAGUGAACUUAGGAUAUGUAUUAGUAUAAAUAAUAAUUCUAUUGACUUAUAUUCCCUAUUCAUGGAAGAAAAGGAUGCUGAAAUAAAACAUUUAAGGUCAAUAACAAAUCACGGUCACCGUUCAGAGGUCCGUGCUAUUUGUUUUAGUUCUGAUAAUUUAGCUUUUGCAACAGCAAGUGGAGAUUCUGUGAAAUUAUGGAAUAGACCAACUUUGGCCUGUUUGCGUACUGUACAGUGUGGUUAUGCUUUAACAGCAAUAUUUGUACCAGGAGACAGACAUUUAAUUGUAGGUUUAAAAGAUGGUAAAAUGCUGAUUAUUGACAUUGCAUCAGGUGACAUUUUAGAAGAAGUACUUGCACAUUCUAAGGAACUUUGGAGCAUUGCAUUAUUCUCAGAUAAGAAAGGAGUAGCCAGUGGUGGUGGAGAUCAAACAGUAAAAUUUUGGAAUUUUGAACUUAUUCAAGAUCCUAAUAAAGAAAUAAAGGCAAAAGUUUUGUCUGUUUUACACAUAAGAACUUUAAAACUAGAAGAUAGUGUGUUAUGUGUAAAAAUAAGUCCUAACAAUAAAUUUGUUGCAGUUGCAUUACUUGAUUCCACUGUAAAGAUCUUUUUCCUUGAUACAUUUAAGUUUUUCAUUUCUCUUUAUGGACAUAAAUUACCAGUUUUGUGUAUGGACAUAUCGAGUGAUUCAACACUUAUUGCUACUGGUUCUGCUGAUCGUAAUAUGAAAAUUUGGGGUUUAGAUUUUGGUGACUGUCAUAAAUCAAUAUUUGCUCAUGAUGACUCUAUAACAGGACUUUCCUUUGUGCCUAAUACACAUUAUAUGUUUACUUGUGGGAAAGAUGGAAAUGUAAAACAAUGGGAUGCUGACACUUUCCAAAAAAUUGUGACACUGCAAAGGCAUAUAGGUGGAGCAUGGAAUUGUGCUGUUUCACCAAAUGGAAUUUAUUUUAUAUCUUGUGGAUCUGACAAAGUAGUUAGAUUAUAUGAACGAACUUCAGAGUCUUUAGUUCUUCAAGAUGAAGAAGAAGAAGAAAGAGAGCGCCAAGAAAAUGAGUUAGCUACUGGAGAAACUACCGUUGUUCCAGGACAAAAGGCACAAUCUUUACCUUCAAGAAAAACAGUAUCUAGUGAAAAAGGAGCUGAAUUGAUAUUGGAAUGUUUAGAUGUGUCUAAAGAAUACAAUGAACAACUAUUGAAGGCAACAAUAAACAACAUACCUGUUAUUCCUUUGCAAAUGCAAGCUAACAAUUGUACAUCUACAGAAGAUUAUUUAUUAGAAACAUUUAAGCGAAUUAGAGCAAGUGACUUGGAAGAGACAUUACUAUUAUUACCAUAUUCAGCUGCUUGCGAAAUUCUUAAACAAAUUCCUAAACUAUUACAAUCAGACUAUCAUACUGAAUUAAUUGCACGGCUAGCAUUAUGUUUAGUGCAAGCUCACCAUGGUCCAAUUGUAGCUACUCAAGAACUUUUACCUAUAUUAGAAACUGUGAAAACACUUGCUACUAGAAAAGUUUCUGAACUAAGGGAUAUGAUCGGAUUUAACUUACACGGAAUGAUACAUAUGCAACGAAUUGUUGAAGAAAAGGAAGGAAUACAGCUUUUCAAAGACGCAACUAAAAGCAGAAAAUAUAAAAAUAAAGUCAGAAGAAAUAAACAAAAAGCAUUAAAAAGAGCAAUUAUGUCUUUAUAA